AGUGCUCACCAUCACCAGCUUCGACUCCAAUGCUUAAAUUUCUUGUUCAAUUGAUCUUGUUGGUGCAGUUGGUUGUAUCACUUCCAACUACUUUGCUUCCUCCAUCGCAAGACUCAUUUUAUUCUGCUCCAGACGGGUACGAGUCAGCCGAAGUUGGAACCAUUUUGGCCUCGAGAGUGGCACCUGCUCAAAUUAAAAGUGUCGUUUUCGAUGUCCACGUCAAAGGUGUCUGGCAAUUAUUGGUGAGAUCAACCGACUCAUUUGGAAACCCCAACGUGAUUGUCACCACUGUGUUUGAACCUUACAAUGCCGACCCUUCCAAAUUGGUGACGUACCAGGUGGCCCAGGAUUCUGCUAAUCUCGACUGCGCACCUUCCUAUGGGUUUACGAAUGGUGAACUCAUCAGGAACAUUGUGGGGGAGGCUGAAACGUUUUUAAUCCAGCAGGCUUUGGAUGAGGGAUACUACGUGGUGUCGCCCGACUACGAAGGAUUGAAGUCGGUGUUUACCGGAGGUCUCCAGGCUGGACAUGCAGUGUUGGACUCGCUUAGAGCCACUUUGAAGAGUGGGAACAUUACCGGGGUGAGCUCCAGUGCCAAAACGGUGGUCUGGGGUUAUUCGGGAGGUUCUUUGGCCAGUGGAUGGGCUGCUGCUUUGCAGCCCGAGUACGCUCCCGAAUUGGCCUCCAACUUGAUCGGAGUUGCUCUCGGGGGUUGGGUUACCAACAUCACUGCCACCGUCACCUCUGUCAAUGCCGGGAUUUUCUCUGGUUUGGGUGCUAGUGGGAUUGCUGGUUUGAGUAACGAAUACUCUGAGUUGUAUGACUUCUUGAAGACGGCUAUGCCUGCUGACAAGUACGCUUUGUUCGCCAGGGCCUAUGAUAACUGUUUGGUGGAAGACGUUCUCGAGUUCCCAUUCGAUGACUUCUUCUAUGGCUCUGACAGAUACUUUACCAACGGGAUCUCGGUGUUGAACACAUCCCCCGUGGCGGAGAUUAUUCAGAACAACACCUUGGGAUUAAUUGCUUCCAACAUGCCCCAGAUCCCUGUGUUCGUGUACCAUGGACAACUCGAUGGAAUUGUGCCCUUUGCCCAGGCUGAAAGAGUCUAUGACAUUUGGUGUGCUGCCGGAAUCGAGUCGUUUGAAUUUGCAGUCGAUGAGACUGCCGGCCACAUCACUGAAAUUGUCCAGGGAAGUGGGGCAGGUUUCGCCUGGAUCCAAAACAGAUUCAACGGUAAGAAGGUUGUUUCUGGAUGUCAGAGAACAAACCGACUCUCGAAUCUUUUCUACCCUGGAACUUCUACGUCCAUUGCUAUAUUCCUUGAUGCGUUGGUCAAGAACGUUCUUGGACUUAACAUUGGUCCUAACGGUGAAAACUUGGUUAUUGACAAUGGAUCCUUGAUUUCCAAGACCAACUCUACCCAGUCUUAGCUUAUUUAGUAUUGCAAUAUGAUACCCUUUGAUUUAUUCACUCGACCAAAGUGAACCU